GAUGGCGUGAUUCCUUGAAGGAACACGCCGGUGCCGGAGCAUAAACACUGCAUUGCGUGCGCUUGCGGCCGGCGCCUCCAUCCGGCGAACGCAGAUCGUAGCCACCUCUGUCACCAGAUUACACCCCCAGGGGGACUUUUCUGUGGUUGUUGACAUUACGAGCAUCACGCCACACGCUUACGUGAUGUAGCUCACACUAUACACAUGCUACUUGUCGAACAGACGACAAUAAGUUUAGUGUGCGACGUUUCAUCGCGGUUUGAAGCGUCAGCCAUGCGUCGCUCGUCAGCACCGCGUACUGGCCAGAGCGCCGCCUCGCUGCAAGCCCCAGCCUCGCUCCAUGGGCCGCGCGAGGUAGCGCCACCCAACACCACCGUACUGCAGCGCAAGGCGGCUCGUGGGCCCGCGCCGACUGGUCAAACCACCGCCCGUACCGACACCACCAAGGCGCUGGCAGGCGCUAUGCUAGCACCUAGCGUCGCAGUGCGGCCCGCCAAGCCUCUGGCCAAGGUCAAGACGGUGGAUCUAUGGAACGCUAAGAUCAACCGGUGUCAUGACCGCGCCGUCAUUCACACCUUCCGCAACGCCGUCCUGGCUCUGGACUUGACGCUGUCUGUCGCGAUCGGCGGUGGCCAAUCGACAAGCCUCCUCUCGUCCACGAGCAAGAACAAUAACCAUGCGACGGUGGCACUGGCGCUCACGACAGCAACCCUCCCGAUCGAGCCGCACACCACGCUUCGCAAGCUCACAACCAUCUCUAUCGCCGCGCGAUCGCCCAAGACGUUGACGUUCAUCGAGGCUGCGUACCAGGUACCGUCGUCGUCGUGGCGUCUUGUGGCGACGACAGAUGACGGCACCGACCUCGGCAUCUACCAAGCAAUGGUACCGUCGUACACGCUCAUCGCGCUCGUCUGGAAGGCCGGCCUCGAAGUGCUUCGGUACCACACCUCCUUCUCCUUGCUCGAUGUAGUAUAUAGAUGUAUGGACUAUCUAACUAGCGUACACGCGAUUGCAUCGCUGCCAGCCCUCGCGACGACGCUUCUUGGACGGGUCGUCGCACCCGUCUACGACGAUGUUGACUCGCAGCACGGUUUUCAUGGGUACACGAUCGCCGUCACGAUGCGGCAGCUGGAUAGCACGGUACUCUGGGAGCACGAGUUCUACGCCGUCGACUUUGAUCGUACCCAAGACGGUGCCACAGCACACCUUCUCUCGCCUGCGGGUGCCUUCCGAGACAAGUGCCGGCUCUUGGCCGACCUGCCGCACCUCGCGAUCGCUACGGAUGCGUUUACAAGCCGCGCGACCCACUGUGUCCUCCUCGAGUUGGCGAUGUGGGACUUUGAAAAAUCGUUGCGUGCAGCGACGAGCCACUGCGUGCUGCUACAGCGCGAACCGCAGAUGGCCAAUCUCGAUCUGGACGUCCAUAGCGCGCAGUUUCAAGACGCGAUCCAGAUGGGCUUCGAGACGCCGGACAUGACGUGCCGUAUCAACUGCGUCGCCUCAAAGAAACGUGCGCUGGUCCUGUCCGCCGUUGUCGGUCUCCGCCGGUCGUUUCUCGAGGCAACGUAUGGCGUCCGCACCUAGCGACCACCCGCCUCUGCACGACCGUGCUGUGCAUAAGAGAUACUAAACUUUGCAGAUCAAAGUGUCCACGCUGCUCCACACAUCGUUCG